AUGACCCAGACAAAUAACGAGAUCAAUGAUGUCUUAUCUAAAUUGACGGCACUAGGUAGUGUCCUGGUUCCCAUGAAUUUGGUCACUGGUCUGUGGGGAAUGAAUGUGCAAGUCCCUGGCCAAUAUCAAGAGGAUCUUACCUGGUUUGGCGGUAUCUUGACCACCAUCCUUGCAUUUUGUGUUAUUUCCACAUUAUUAAUGCGAUAUUACAACAUUGUUUAA